GGCUAAAGCAGACAUUGCUCUUAUUGGGCUAGCAGUUAUGGGCCAGAAUUUAAUUCUGAACAUGGACAGCAAAGGAUUUGUUGUGUGCGCGUAUAACAGAACUGUAGCCAAGGUGGAAGAAUUUCUCAAAAAUGAAGCUAAGGGAACUAAAAUCAUUGGCGCUACUUCACUGGAAGAUAUGGUGGCCAAACUCAAGAAACCAAGAAAAGUUAUGUUGCUUGUGAAGGCUGGAUCGGCUGUAGACGAGUUUGUUCGAAAGCUAGUGCCCCUUCUUGACAAAGGCGACAUUAUAAUUGACGGUGGAAACUCACAGUACAUAGACACACAGCGUUGGUGCAAAGAACUUGCUUCAUCUGGUGUUCUUUAUGUGGGAAUGGGUGUGAGUGGUGGUGAAGAUGGAGCUCGUUAUGGACCUUCCCUGAUGCCUGGUGGACACGCUGCUGCUUGGCCUCAUGUUAAGCCAAUAUUCCAGGCUAUAUGCGCGAAAGCCAAUGAUGAGCCUUGUUGCGAUUGGGUGGGUGAGGAUGGCGCUGGCCAUUUCGUCAAAAUGGUCCACAACGGUAUCGAGUAUGGUGACAUGCAGCUCAUUUGUGAAGCUUACAAUCUGAUGAAGGAUGUCCUAGGUAUGGAGCAAGGUGAAAUGGCUGAAGUAUUUGAAGAAUGGAACAAAGGCGAGCUAGACUCAUUCUUGAUCGAAAUAUCAAGGGAUAUCUUAAAAUUCAAGGAUUCGGAUGGUAAAUAUUUACUGCCGAAGAUUCGCGACACAGCGGGACAGAAGGGCACAGGAAAGUGGACUGGUAUCGCAGCCCUAGAGUAUGGUGUACCUGUAACCCUUAUUGGUGAGGCAGUGUUCGCUCGCUGUCUUUCAGCCCUUAAAGAUGAGCGAGUUAAGGCAAGCAAGGUAUUGCCUGGAUCUACCACCAAAUUCAGUGGUGAUAAGAAACAGUUCCUGGAACACCUGCGUAAAGCUCUUUAUGCUAGCAAGUUGAUAUCGUACGCGCAAGGCUUCAUGCUACUCCGUGAGGCCGCCAAGGCAAACCAAUGGAACUUGAACUAUGGCAGCAUAGCUCUGAUGUGGCGUGGCGGCUGCAUUAUCAGAAGCGCGUUCCUUGGCAACAUCAAGGACGCGUUCACUAAGAACCCUCAGCUGACGAACCUGCUAUUGGACCCAUACUUCUGUGAACGCAUCAGUGGUUCCCAGCAGUCUUUGCGGCAGGUGGUAGCACAGACAGCACUCGUCGGUGUUCCCGCGCCCGCUUUCUCCGCCGCCCUCGCCUUCUACGACGGCUAUAGAUCUGCUGUACUCCCAGCUAACAUGCUCCAGGCUCAAAGGGACUAUUUCGGCGCGCACACCUACGAACUUAUUACCAAGCCAGGACAAUUCGUACAUACAAAUUGGACUGGCCAUGGUGGCAACGUGUCUGCUUCAACAUACAAUAACUAA